ACUUGAAUGCCAGUGUGAGUUAGAAGAACUUCACAGCAACAGUCACUUCCAAUUGGAUUUUUACGCAGCGCAAAACAAAACCCCUCCACCUUAAUAUUUUAACUAAGUGAUCCAUUGCUUUGGCAUAUUCUGGAAUUUAUAAUAACAUGAGCGAAUAUUGGAAAGUAGCCGGUGCCGUCAUCCUUCCCAAUGUGGGAGGCAUAAUGGGCGGUCUUAUUACCCGCAAAAACCUAGAUUCUUGGUAUAAGAAAUUGAAUUUUCCCUCUUAUCGGCCACCAAAUUGGAUUUUUGGUCCAAUGUGGACUUCGAUCUAUUCCUCAAUGGGCUAUGCCUCAUAUUUGGUGUGGAGAGAUGGCGGUAGUUCAUUCACCGGCGAUGCCAAGUGGCCACUGAUAACUUAUGGCACCCAACUGGCUCUGAAUUGGGCUUGGACACCUAUAUUUUUCGGUAGUCACAAUAUUAAAGGGGGGCUAAUAGACCUUGCAGCCUUAACAGCUACGGCUUCGCUGUGUGGAGUGUUAUUUUAUCAUGUCAACAAAACUGCCGGCCUAUUGUUUGUUCCAUACAUUGCUUGGUUGAGUUUUGCCUCUAUGCUUAACUAUUCGGUAUAUAAAUUAAAUCCAGAAGAAAAUAAAAAAUCAAAAGCUGUUGAGAAUACAAAACAAGAAUAAGCAAAGAAAAAACGAAAUUAUUGUUGGUUAAAAUGUAACCCUGUAAUAUUUUUAAUGUACAAAUGUCUUUAUUCAUAUUUUCUGAAAUAUUUGGUUUGUUAUCCACCAUGUUAUGAAAGAAUUUGCAGAAUAAUAAAAAAAUCGCAUAAAUAAAAUUAUGGACGCAACUAUCCAGACACCAGA